UUUCCCGACACACCGACACGUAACAUUCCGUUGUGUGCGAGGCGUGCUGGGCUCGAGAGAAGGGGUAGAAAUGUUCUACGAUUUGGCUUCACUGUAACCAAUAGGAACAUAGCUUUUCUUCUAUCGCUAAGAUUUAUAGGUUAAUUCAAAUCUCUUAGAGAAAUUCGAGUUAAUAUGAACUCGUGUCACAUGUAGAAAGAAAUUUUUUUUGUAAAUUAAAUUUAAUAUUUCAACAGUAUAUUAAUUAAUUGAAGAAAGAUGUCGUAUAUUGAUGAAAAAAAAAUAUUAGCUAUAGGUGAUGUAUUAAAUGAUGAAAACAGACCACUUAAGGAAAGAUUUCGUGCACUAUUUACUUUGAAAAAUAUUGGAGGUUCAAUAGCUAUCGAACAAAUACGUAAAGGUUUUAAAGAUAAAUCUGCAUUAUUAAAACAUGAGCUUGCAUACUGCCUUGGUCAAAUGCAAGAUCCUUUAGCAAUAUCUAUUUUAAUUGACGUAUUAAAAGAUGAUACACAGGAACCUAUGGUUAGACAUGAAGCAGGUGAAGCAUUGGGUGCUAUUGGAGAUACAUCUGUUAUACCACUGUUAGAUGAAUAUAGUAAACAUCCCAUACCUGAAAUUGCAGAAACCUGUGAAAUAGCUUUAGAACGUCUUAAAUGGUUACAAUCAAAUAAUUGUAAAAAAGAUGUAUUGAAAAGUCCAUAUAUGUCUAUUGAUCCUACUCCAGCAUCAGAAACUACUGAUGUUCAUAGUCUAAAAGUAACAUUACUCGAUGAAAGUAAAUCAUUAUUUGAUAGAUAUCGUGCUAUGUUUGCUUUAAGAAAUUUACGAACACCAGAGAGCAUUAUUGCGCUUGGUAAAGGCUUAAAAGCAGGCAGUGCAUUAUUUAGACAUGAAAUUGCAUUUGUUCUUGGUCAACUUCAAGAAGAAAUUUCUAUACCAUAUUUAAAAGCAUCAUUGGAAGAUACAGAAGAAAAUGAAAUGGUACGUCAUGAAUGUGCUGAAGCAUUAGGUGCCAUUGCUACUCCUGAUUGUCUUCAAAUUUUAAAUCAAUAUCUUCAAGAUAACAAACAGGUUGUCAAAGAAAGUUGUGUUAUUGCUUUAGAUAUGUGCGAGUAUGAAAACAGUUUAGAAUUUCAAUAUGCUAAUACAUUGACCAAAGUUGAAGCAUAAAACAUGAUUGAUAUUUUAUCUUAUGGAUAAAUGUUUUACAUUGCAAAAAAUAAUCCAUAUUAUACAUAAAUGACAA